GUGCGCGGGUGCUGUUUUUAUUUCUCGCCCCCUUCGAGAAAUCUUAGAGGGUGAUCCGGAUUCCGGCUGAAUAAAAAACAGCCAAAGACAAAUUUGGUAAAAAACAGAAAUGGAUGACUUGGCGAUUUCGAGUGAUGAAUCCAGGAGAAGAUUGUAUUCUUUCUUCAAGAAUUUGAAAGGAUAUCGUGGAUGAUUGAUGAGUUACGCAUGAUGCUUCAAAGAAGAAUAUUAAUAAAGGUGGCUAAUCAUGUACGGGUUAAUCCUGGAGAAUCUGUCAGAGUACAUCAGACAAGUUUAUGGAGAAGACCGAUGGGAGGAAAUCCGUCGACAAGCGGCGGUAGAUCAACCUAGCUUUAGUGUUCACCAGGUGUACCCUGAAAAUCUUAUACCAAGAUUGGCGAAAAAAGCUAUACAGGUACUCGGAAUAACAGAGAAAGAAUUUUUUGAUCAAAUGGGGGUGCAUUUUGUAGGCUUUGUCAGUCAAUAUGGAUAUGAUCGAGUUCUUUCGGUUCUGGGCCGUCACGUGAGAGAUUUUUUGAACGGACUUGACAACCUCCAUGAAUACCUCAAAUUUUCCUAUCCUCGGAUGAGAGCGCCUUCCUUUAUUUGCGAGAAUGAGACUCGACAAGGAUUGACUCUUCAUUAUAGAAGCAAACGUCGAGGCUUCGUGUACUAUACCAUGGGGCAGAUAAGGGAAGUCGCUAGGCAUUUUUAUCACAAGGAAUUAAAAAUUGAACUUGUCCGAGAAGAGGUUCUUUUCGAUACUGUCCAUGUUACUUUCCAAUUGACUUUUGACAAUCGAGCUUUCACGUUCGCCUCUCUUGCCAUGACACGUGAAGAAAAACACCUUCCAAUAGGAGCUUCUGUGUUGUUCGAGAUUUUUCCCUUUUGUGUAGUUUUCGGAUCGGAUAUGGUCGUGAGGAGCAUCGGUAACUCAUUAAUGGUUAUUCUACCCGACCUACUUGGCAAGAAAAUUACCCACUGGUUCGACUUGGUGAGACCACUAAUAGCAUUCAAGUUCCAGUCGAUAUUGAAUAGAACAAACAACAUAUUCGAACUGGUUUCGGUUGAACCUGUUCUGACCGAGAGGCCAGCAGAUAGAAAAGAUAACCACAUUAUGAUGAGUGAUGAACAUGACUCACAGGAUGAUAAAACGUUGAGAUUAAAAGGUCAGAUGAUCUACAUGGACAACUGGAAAAUGAUGAUGUAUCUAGGAACACCAGUUAUGCCUGAUCUUAAUGCUUUAAUAGCUACUGGACUUUACAUUAAUGAUCUUUCGAUGCACGACUUCAGCAGAGAUUUAAUGUUGGCUGGUACGCAACAAUCAGUAGAAUUAAAAUUGGCUUUGGACCAAGAACAACUAAAGAGUAAAAAAUUGGAAGAAUCGAUGCGAAAAUUGGAUGAGGAAAUGCGAAGAACAGAUGAACUUUUGUAUCAAAUGAUACCAAAACAAGUUGCAGACCGAUUGCGGAAUGGAGAAAGUCCUAUUGAUACUUGUGAGAUGUUCGACAGCGUUUCUAUACUAUUCUCAGAUGUCGUUACCUUCACCGAAAUUUGUAGCCGGAUAACACCCAUGGAAGUGGUAUCGAUGUUGAAUGGCAUGUACUCACUUUUCGACACAUUGACGGAACGAAAUCGCGUUUACAAGGUAGAGACAAUUGGUGACGCCUACAUGGUGGUAUCUGGAGCACCUGUUAAAGAAAAUGAUCAUGCUGAGCGUGUGUGUGAUAUGGCUCUUGACAUGGUCGAGGCGAUAACUGACUUAAAGGAUCGGUCAACAGGUACGAAUGAUGGUCAACAUCUUCAGAUUAGGAUUGGGAUUCAUAGUGGAGCUGUUGUGGCUGGCAUUGUUGGUUUGAAAAUGCCUCGUUAUUGUCUUUUCGGGGAUUCAGUAAAUACUGCUUCCAGAAUGGAGGCGACGAGUGAAGCUAUGGAAAUUCACAUAUCUCAGUCUACUAGAGAACUUUUGUCUCCUUCAUACAAAGUUAAGGAACGUGGAGAAAUACAGGUCAAGGGAAAAGGUACAAUGAAGACCUACUGGUUACAAAAAAGGGUAUCUAGAUCCCAUUUAACGAAAGGGAUUUCAAUCCAGGAGCCUCCUCAGUGGCACAGUAAAGCACCUGAUAAGCGUCUUUCUUCUGUCAGUGUGACGGAAUUACAGAAAAAUUGCGUUGAUGUGCUAUCGAGAAGAGGGUCCAGGAUAUCCACACCAACACCUCUAGGAUCUCCUGGAUUAUUACCUGAAGAGAGGAGAAUUUAUUCACCUAUUACUUUUCAAGAUGUUGCUCGUCGUUCUGUUGCUAAUUCCCCAACGAAAAACAAUGAUAUGAGAGAAAUACGUUCCAAUUCCGUGGGUGCUGUUUCCAUGUCGUUCAAAAACCCAGGCGACGUUUUUGGAUCUCUCUUGAGUGAUACUGAAGAACACUUCCGAUUGCACAGAAAUAGUAUGUCGGCACAUGUUCAUCCAUCAGCUGGAGUUCAUGUGAAACCGGAAGUUAAAGUAAACCCAGACACUAGUUCUUCUUCAGAAGAGUCAAGAGAAGAAGAAACAACUUCACUAAAAACGAUAGAUUCUAACAGCAAAGAAUGUUCAAUUGCAGCUGAAAGUGAUAUCAGUAAUUCCCAAAUUCUUGUUCGCCAGGAUCAAUGCUGUCCAGGAUUUGCUAUGACAAAAAGUGGAAAAGCACGCAGUCACAACAACAGUUGCACCGUCGUUUAAGAAAUGAUCAUUAUCACUUAAGCAAAAAACAUUGUUUGAUCAAAUUCAUUCAAAUUCUUACAUUGACACAAAUAUUUUUAUGAAUCAAGGAAAGGUUUUGAUUUUAACUUAAGAUAUUGAGAAAUAAUUGAUUUGAACAUACAAACAAAUUACGAAUAGAACAACUAGUCAAUAAUCUUUAUUGUCCCAUUCUUAAUUAAUCGCUUCCUGGUUUUAAUUUAAUCAAAUCAGUGCGAAGGGAGUUGCUUGGCAUGACUUAAUUCAGUAGAAAUUGAUAUUUAUAGUAUCGAUCGAGAAUAAAAAUUUUCUGUUGGUGCCUGAGAACUAAUAUAAAAGAGAUUUUUGCAAUGAACUGGCCAGAAAAAAACGUAAUUUAAAUAAUAUUUUUUUAUAACAAUGACUGAAAAUGAUCAUAAAUGCACGAUUUUCCAUCUUAUGUGCACAUUUCACUAAUGAAAGCUCAUUCUUUUUUAAUUAGCAUUAGAAUGAAAAACUUAAUAAAAAAUAAAUAGCUGUUUUUUCAGAAAAUAUAAGAGAGUAUAAAUAUAAAAAUAUACGGAAUAUAUUUUUGCAAUCCUUUUAAGUUUUUUGCAGGUUUUAAAUAUAUAUUCAUAAUCGGUUUAAAUUAUCCUAUCACAAAAUGUGCACCAAGGUCUCUUCCAAAUGUUCGAUUUUAAAUGUCUGAGCAAAAGUUUUCUUCUUAGAAUAACAUUUUGUAAAUGCAACUAUCUCACGUUGAUCUCAUAGUGGUUUUUAUAAUUACUUAUUGUCUAUCGUGGUACUAAAAACGAUCAUAUUUCCGAUUCAAAUCGGAAUCUGACAAUUUUUGAUCAGCGAUCAAAACUAGAAAUAGUAAUUGUCAAGUCAUUAUUGUA